CACAGGAAAAUGUGAAUGUGGCCGAUGUACAUGUUUUCCUCCUGGAGAGUCCAAAAUAUACGGCAAACUUUGCGAGUGUGAUGAUAGACAGUGUGAAGACAACGAUGGCAAUGUCUGCAAUGAUCAAGGGACCUGUUCCUGCGGUCGCUGCAUUUGUAAGGAUGGAUGGUUUGGAAAAUUGUGUCAACAUCCAAGGAAAUGUAACAUGGCCGAAGAUGAGAGCAAAAGUUACUGUGAAUCAGCCGAUGGCGUCUUAUGCUCAGGAAAGGGUUCCUGUCACUGUGGAAAAUGCAUCUGUUCUCCCCAGGAAUGGUAUAUUUCAGGAGAAUUCUGCGAAUGCGAUGACCAAGAUUGUGACAAAUAUGAUGGCCUUAUUUGCACAGGAAAUGGUAUAUGUAACUGUGGAAACUGCGAGUGCUGGGAAGGUUGGACUGGACAUGCUUGUGAGAUCUGGCUUGGGACUGAAUAUCCCUAACAUCGUCAUGACACACUGAACACUGACAGAUACGUGGUGUAGAAUGAGGCUGCUAGACUAUAUAAAUGUAAGACGAACACAACCCCAAAAUCCUACCCAUCCUAAUCGUUCAGCUCGGUAACAUAUUUCUUAAAAUAUAAGAGUACCUCUGUGUGGCUCUGUGGUUCUAAUUCUGCGCAUAUAUUCUUUCUCUCUCUCGCAUAGCUUUUAAGUGUGCUAUAAAUGAGACAAGUGUUAUUACAUAAUGUACUUGGAUUACUGAAUUUCAGUUUCCUAGUAAUGGAAGAACUGUUUUAAGUGAAAUAAUUUGAAAUGGUUUAGGAUUAUGCAAAAUGACUGAAUCGGUGGUGACAGGAUGGAGGGGAUCCUUCUGACUAUGGAAAUCGGUUCAUUUUUCUCUUGAAAACUUUCACAUAGAUCCCCACAAAAGCUGCUUGCCUGUCUAGUUUACCACUUACUAUCAAUCUUUAUUCACUUAUCUGCAAGACUUGGGGGAAAGAGCUGGAAAGAAUGGGAGCAUUUAAGGACACCCCUCUCUGCAUUAAAGCAAUGCUUCCUUUCACAAGAUUAGCAAUGAAAUCAAAUCAUUUAUCUUGAUUUAUGCUUCCCCUGCUUUUUUUUAAGGGAAAAAAAAAUAAUAAAGUACCGGAAUCUUGAAAAAUACAUUCUGUAUGAGUCAUUUAGGCACAGGUUGCAAGCAUAGACUGUUUGCUUAAAUGCUUGUUUUUUCUCAGCAUAAUUUUAUCGCUAUUUCUUUGUCCUCUUUGCCAAUCCUGCUGUCAAAAACUUGUUGGUUAUGAUCUUGCCAGUCUUGUUAGAACUUUUCACCUGGUAUGAUGACCAACAGGAAGAAGCCACAUUCAGUACAUAUUUAGCCACAAGUAGGUGGAUGACAAAAUAGAUGGGAACAAAGGUGGUGACAGCAAAAGAAGAUGAGGAAUCCGGCACCAAGGCCCAGCAAUGCUGUGGGGCACCAAGCAGCGGAGAAAUAAUUCAUGCUUGGCAAGGUGAACGCUGUUUGUCACUCCGUUUGGUUGCAUUAAAAAUGUUCCUUUUGAUUAAAAUA